CAGCCACACAAGGACGAAGGAUUCGCACCACCCGUUGCUCCGAGAGCUGCAGGGGGAUAUCAUGGCGACCUUCGCACGACCGGUGGCUUCCACCAUCGCGGGGAUUGACUUUGGCGUCUACACUGAUGAAGACAUCAAAGCUCUCUCUGUAAAGCGAAUCCAGAACACCCCGGCGCUGGAUUCCUUCAACAAUCCUGUCCCCGGCGGUCUCUACGAUCCAGCUCUUGGUGCCUGGGGUGACCAUGUUUGCACAACAUGUCGUCAGUCUUCGUGGUCUUGCACUGGCCAUUCUGGUCACGUCGAGCUGCCAGUUCGUGUGUAUAAUCCCACCCAUUUCGAACAGAUGUACCGUCUCUUGAAGGCGCAAUGUGUCUACUGCCAUCGCUUCCAAUUGUCUCGCUUCGAAAUCAAUACAUAUGCCUGCAAAUUGCGAUUGUUGCAGUAUGGUCUGGUCGACGAGGUUGCUGUUAUCGAUACAAUGGCUUAUUCCACCACGGGUAACAAGAGGAAGGCCGCUAAAGACGGCGAAGGAUCCAGCGAUGAGGAUGAGGAUGAUGAUGAUAAGAUGGCUCGCAGAACCUCCUACGUCAAGAAAUGCAUCCGACAAGCGCAAGCAGAUGGAAGACUUAAGGGUCUGAUGGCUGGUGCAAAGAACCCAUUGGCUGCGGAACAGCGCCGGUUCCUUGUCAGAGAGUUUAUGAAGGCUAUCGGCUCACCGAGCAAGUGCGCCAGCUGCAGUGGUAUCUCUCCCUCUUACCGGAAAGAUAAGUUCUCGAAGGUUUUCCGCAAGCCUCUCCCUGAGAAAUCCAGACACGCUAUGCUGCAAGCUGGAUUCCAAGCACCCAACUCUUUGAUUCUUCUCCAGCAGGCUCAAAAGUUCAACAGCAAGGAAAAGGAGGCACUGGGAGAUGGGGCUUCUGACACCGCGUCUCAGGUCCAUGGGGCCGAGGAGGAAGUUGCUCGUGGUAAUGCCGUCGUUACCGAACUCGAGAACAAGAAACAGGUUGCCGGGGAAAGCCAGCAAUACAUGCCUUCUCCUGAAGUCCAUGCCGCAUUGACUCUGCUCUUUGAGAAGGAAGCAGAGAUCCUGAGCCUUGUGUACAACUCUCGACCAUUGCCUAAGAAGGAAUCGCGAGUCAGCGCAGACAUGUUCUUCAUCAAGAACAUCCUGGUGCCGCCAAACAGAUAUCGUCCCGCUGCACAGCAAGGAGCUGGUGCUAUCUUGGAGGCUCAGCAAAAUACCAUAUUCUCGAAUAUUCUGAAGAACUGCGACAUCAUCAACCAGAUCAGCAAGGAAAGGCAAAGCAGCAGCUCUAGCGCUGCCAUGCGAGUCCGCGAUUACCGCGAUCUGCUUCACUCCAUCGUUCAACUGCAGGACACUGUGAACGGACUUAUUGACCGCGACCGAAAUGCAUCUGCAGGUCCAGCUGCUGCAGCCGGACCCAAUGGUAUCAAGCAGAUCCUGGAAAAGAAGGAAGGUCUCUUCCGGAAGAACAUGAUGGGCAAGCGUGUCAACUUUGCUGCUCGGAGUGUCAUCUCUCCCGACCCAAACAUCGAAACCAAUGAGAUCGGUGUCCCUAUGGUUUUCGCUAAGAAGUUGACUUAUCCCGAGCCAGUGACCAACCACAACUUUUGGGAGAUGAAACAAGCCGUCAUCAAUGGUCCCGACAAAUACCCCGGUGCUUCUGCCAUCGAGAAUGAAUUGGGCCAGGUCACUAACCUUAAGUUCAAGAGCUUGGAUGAGCGUACCGCGCUGGCUAACCAGUUGCUUGCGCCCUCAAACUGGCGUAUGAAGGGAUCUCGCAACAAGAAAGUCUACCGCCAUCUUACGACUGGAGACGUUGUGUUGAUGAACCGUCAGCCUACCCUCCACAAGCCGUCUAUCAUGGGUCACAAAGCUCGCGUUCUUCCCAACGAAAGAACCAUUCGCAUGCACUACGCUAACUGCAAUACCUACAACGCGGAUUUCGAUGGUGACGAGAUGAACAUGCACUUCCCUCAGAACGAACUUGCCCGAUCGGAAGCUAUGAUGCUUGCGGACGCAGAUCAUCAAUACCUUGUCGCAACGUCUGGCAAGCCUCUGCGUGGACUGAUUCAGGACCACAUUUCCAUGAGCACCUGGUUCACGUGCCGAGACAGCUUUUUCGAUGAGGAGGAUUAUCACGAGCUCUUGUACAGCUGCCUCAGACCCGAGAAUUCUCACACAAUUACCGACCGGAUUCAGCUCAUUGGUCCGGCAGUAAUUCGACCCAAGCCUCUCUGGACUGGCAAACAAGUUAUCACAACCAUUCUCAAGAACAUUAUGCCUCCCGGUAGAGCCGGCCUCAAUUUGAAGAGCAAGUCCUCGACGCCUGGUGACCGCUGGGGUGAGGGUAAUGAAGAAGGCACAGUGAUCUUCAAGGACGGAGAGUUGCUCUGCGGUAUCCUCGACAAAAAGCAAAUUGGUCCUACUGCUGGCGGUCUGGUUGAUGCUAUUCACGAAAUCUACGGACACACCAUUGCGGGUCGAUUGAUAAGUAUUCUAGGACGUCUUUUGACUAGGUUCUUGAAUAUGCGCGCCUUUACUUGCGGCAUUGAUGAUCUUCGCUUGACCAAGGAGGGUGAUCGCGUACGCAGGGAGAAGAUUAGCGAGGCUGCCGCCAUCGGUCGUGAGGUUGCACUGAAGUAUGUUACACUCGACGAGGCUCCAGGUGCCGAUCAAGAUGCCGAGUUGAACCGUCGUAUGGAGGAAGUUCUUCGCGAUGAUGAGAAGCAGAGCGGUCUCGAUAGUGUCUCUAAUGCUCGUACUGCGAAGCUCUCGACUGAAAUUACCAAGGCCUGCCUUCCCGGAGGUCUCGUUAAGCCAUUCCCUUGGAACCAGAUGCAGUCGAUGACAAUAUCAGGAGCCAAGGGUUCUAGCGUCAACGCCAACCUGAUUUCUUGCAACCUCGGACAGCAGGUUUUGGAAGGUCGCCGUGUACCCGUCAUGGUCAGCGGUAAGACACUGCCGUCUUUCCGAGCGUUCGAUACGAAUCCCAUGGCCGGUGGUUACGUGUGUGGUCGUUUCUUGACCGGUAUUAAGCCCCAGGAAUACUACUUCCACGCCAUGGCUGGUCGUGAGGGUUUGAUUGAUACUGCCGUCAAGACCUCCAGAUCCGGUUAUCUGCAGCGCUGUUUGAUUAAGGGAAUGGAAGGCCUGAGGGCGGAGUAUGAUACUUCGGUCCGUGAGGCUUCGGACGGAUCCGUUGUUCAGUUCCUGUACGGUGAGGAUGGCUUGGAUAUUACCAAGCAAGUUCACCUGAAGGACUUCGACUUCCUGGCAUCGAAUUACCUUUCUAUCAUGUCUCAGGUCAACUUGACUAGCGAUUUCCAUGGCUUGGAGAAGGAGGAGGUUGUCAAUUGGCACAAGGAUGCUAUUAAGAAGGUCCGGAAGACAGGCAAGGUCGACGCUAUGGACCCUGUCCUUUCGCUCUAUCACCCUGGAGGUAAUCUGGGCAGUAUCUCUGAAGCAUUCUCGCAAGCGCUCAAGAAGUACGAGGAUGCCAACCCGGAUGGUCUGCUCAGAGACAAGAAGAAGAGCAUCGAGGGUGUCAUCACCAAGAAGUCAUUCAACACCCUGAUGAACAUGAAGUACAUGAAGUCUGUCGUUGACCCGGGUGAGGCCGUUGGUAUUGUGGCUGGUCAAUCUAUUGGUGAACCCUCAACACAGAUGACCUUGAACACUUUCCACUUGGCUGGUCACUCUGCUAAGAACGUGACGCUCGGUAUUCCCCGUCUUCGUGAAAUCGUCAUGACUGCUAGUGCUCACAUCAUGACCCCUACCAUGACAUUGAUUCUGAACGAAGAGCUGUCCAAGGAACAUUCCGAAAGAUUCGCUAAAGCUAUCAGCAAGCUCAGCAUCGCGGAGGUUGUUGACAAGGUUCAGAUUAAGGAAAGAGUCUCCUCCGGCAGCAUGAAGGCCAAGAUAUACGACAUCAACAUCUCAUUCUUCCCCCCGGAGGAAUACACUGCUGAGUAUGCUAUUACGGCUAAGGACGUGCAGAACGCUCUGCAGAAUAAGUUCAUCCCAAGACUCGUGAAACUUACCAAGGCUGAGCUCAAGAAGCGUAACGAGGAGAAGACCUUGAAGAAGUUCUCGACUGCUCAACCUGAGAUUGGUGUUUCCGUUGGCACAGUCCAGGAUGCCCCUAGCGGCAGGGAUGCUGAAGAGGAGCCGAUGGACGAUGAUGUCGAAGACGACGAGGACGACGCCAAGCGGGCACGGGGCAACCAGAACCGCAACAACCAAGUCUCUUAUGAAGGUCCCGAGGACGAAGAGGCGAAUAUGGUGCGUCAGCAGGAUGCCGUGGAUGACGACGAGGACGACGAGGUCGACAACACGCGCCAGAAGCGUGAUGUCGAGAUGGAUGAUGCCUCCGAUGACGAGUCCGAAGACCAGAGCAAGGACGCCAAGCUGCGCGAGGAAGACAUCAAGAACAAGUACGGAGAAGUCACGCAAUUCAAGUUCAACCCCAAGAAGGGCGGAUCUUGCACCAUCCAGCUUCAGUACGACAUCGAUACUCCCAAGCUUCUGCUCUUGCCUUUGGUCGAGGACGCCGCUCGCACCGCAGUCAUUCAGUCUAUUCCCGGCCUCGGCAACUGCACUUUUGUGGCGGCAGAUCCGGUCAAGGGCGAACCUGCCUGUGUCAUCACGGAAGGUGUGAACCUGCUUGCCAUGCGCGACUACCAGGACAUCAUCAAGCCCCACUCCCUCUACACCAACUCGAUUCACCACAUGCUUACUCUCUACGGUGUUGAGGCCGCCCGUGCCUCUAUUGUCCGCGAAAUGUCCGACGUUUUCGAGGGCCACAGUAUCUCUGUCGACAACCGCCACCUGAACCUGAUUGGUGACGUGAUGACCCAGUCUGGUGGCUUCCGGCCCUUCAACCGUAACGGUCUGGUCAAGGACAGCUCCUCUCCGCUGGCUAAGAUGAGUUUCGAGACGACGGUUGGGUACCUCAAGGAGGCUGUCGUCGAGAGGGACUUCGACAACCUUAAGAGUCCUAGUGCCCGUAUCGUUGUUGGUCGUACCGGAACUGUUGGUACGGGUGCAUUCGAUGUCCUUGCCCCUGUGGCCUAGACAAUCCCAUCGUUCCCCGCGUGCAAUCCUUCUCGUUGUAUAUGCUUGUCUAUCUGAAUUAAUGUACUCUACGCACUUCUUCCUGUUUCUUUCGUCGUGUCUCUGACGUGUCCAACGAUUUCUGGAGUUGUCUUUCAGCGGAAUAAGAAAAAGUCCUUCUUAUUAUUUCUUAAGAAUAGCAU